AUGGCGGUUAUCAAGGAAACAAAGGAGGCUAUAACAGAGGAGGUUACGGUAGAAGAGGAAGUAGUCGAGGAGGAUAUGGUCGAGGAGGAUAUGGUCGAGGAGGAUAUGGUCGAGGCGGAAAUGAUCGAGGAGGUUUUGGUCGAGGUAACUACGGUGGUGAUAGUUCUAGCAGAGGUAGGGGAUGAGGAAGUAUGUUGGAGAUGUGAUAAACCGGAUCACUAUGCAUCAUCAUGUCCUGCGAAAGAAGUUGCACAUCAAGAGACUAAUCUGAAUGAAACUCAUGAAGCUGAUGCACUUUACGUUCAUGAGGUGGUGUUAUUGAAUGAGGAUAAGGUGUUUCCCAAGAAUUAUGAUACCAACAAUGCAAGUAUAUGGUAUCUUGACAACGGUGCUAGCAACCACAUGACGGGAAACAAAAAAUUAUUUUCUAGCCUAGAUAUGAGCAUCACAGGGAAGGUUAAGUUUGGUGAUGGUUCGUUUGUCAACAUUGUUGGAAAGGGAUCAAUAGUUUUUGUGGGAAAAACAUGUGAAAGGAGAUCACUCAAGAAGAUUUAUUAUAUUACCGACCUGAAGCACAAUAUUAUCAGUCUAGGACAAGCAACUGAAUUUGGAUGUGAAGUGAACAUGAAGGGAGACAGUUUGACUUUGAGUGAUCCGGUUGGGCGGUUGUUAGUAUGA